CAGUUAGAUGAAAUGACGGAUGUGAGUGGGGAGGCUCAGCUCUUGGCCUUUGUGCGCUAUAAUGAAGAGUCGGACAUACAUGAGCAUUUUCUGUUUUGCAAGAAGCUGACGGGACAGACAACCGGCGAAGAAAUAUUUCAGUUGAUUGACAGCUUUUUUAAAGAUAACAAUCUGGAAUGGAAGUCAUGCAGUCACAUCUGUACUGAUGGCACGGCUGCAAUGACUGGGAAAGUGCGUGGGCUGCAUGGGCGUUUCAUGAUGGUGAACCCCGAAAUCAAGUGGAAUCACUGUAUUAUCCACAGGGAGGCUCUCGCAAGCAAAAGGAUGAGCCCUGAGUUAAGUGCUGUUAUGGAUGACGCAGUUAAGGUGCUUAAUUACAUUCAGUCCAGGCCUAUGAAUCACCGAUUGUUUCAGAGUCUUUGUCAAGACAGCGGGGCAGAGCACGAUCAGCUGCUGCUUCACACGGACGUUUGCUGGUUGUCUCGCGGCAAAACCCUACAGAGGCUUUUCGACCUUCGCAUCGAGGUCUCUUGCUUUCUUGAAAGAGCACUUGCACCCUCUUGCGAUUGUUUUUGAGAACACAGGCUGGAAUGCACGCCUUGCAUAUCUUGCCGAUGUCUUCUCCAAGCUGAAUGAACUCAACCUGUCACUUCAAGGCAAGGACGCACACAUACUUAACAUGUAUGACAAAGUGAAUGGAUUCAUACAUAGUCACCUUGUGGGAGAAGAAAUGCAACAAUGGAGAUGUGAGCUGUUUUCCCCUCGUUGUUACCCAUCUUGCCACCACUGAUGCUGAAAAAAAUCCUUUAGUCAGAACACAUCUCUCCAAACUCCAAACUGACUUCAACCAGUACUUCCAUGACAUCGAAGAAAAGUCAGAACAACUGGACUGGGUGAGGAACCCCUUCAGAGGGACUGAGAGCAGCAGCAGCCUUCCUGCCAGACUGCAGGAAAACCUGGUGGAUUUGUCCUUUGAUCGUGUGCAAAAGAUGGCACAUGCUGAAAAGUCACUGACUGAGUUUUGGUGUGAAGUUGAAAAGGAAAAUCCUGAGCUGGGGAAAUGUGCAUUAAAUUAACUAUUGCCUUUUGGAUCACUUACAUGUGUGAAGUGACCUUCUCAGCCCUGAUUCACAUCAAAACCAAGCAGAGAAACAGACUGAAUGUGGAGAGCAGCUUGGUGGCGGCUGUUGCCACACUGCCCCCAGAACUGUCAAAGCUUUUGAAAGACAGGUAAGCUCAAGUGUCUCAUUAAACUGAAUAAAAGGUAUUUUUUUUCACUCACAAUAAUUGUAUAUGGUAUUAUUUAAAUGAGCAGGUGGAUUAGAUAUAAAGGCAAAGGGUUAAAUAUAAUUACCAGAGAUGGGGGGACUCGAGUCAAAGACUUGACUCGAGUCCGACUCGAGUUGCCAGUUUUGCGACUUGUGACUUGCUUGACCAACACUAACGAAAGACUUGACUUGACUUUGACUUGCCCCUUCCUGACUUGUGACUUAACUUGACUUGAGUCAUGUGACUUGCCAAGUCAUUGCACUCUUGUUAAAUAUUUUAAAUAAUAAUAAUAAAAAAAAUAUUAGAUGAACAUUGUUUUAUUGUGCGCGAGUGCUCCUGACCUGCAACCUGGCAACCCGCCCUCUUCCACGCAACGUGACAUUCCUGCAUGAGUCUAGUGAGUGAUCAUCAGCAGAGAUGGAAGGCGCUCCGACCAAUAUCCCGAAAAUAAUAAAUUUUGGCUAUAAAGAUGACACAAAAUAAAAGAGGAGCGACAUGCAAAAUCUGCAAUGUCAAAAUUACGGAUUUGCCAAGCACCACGUCGAAUUUCAUCCGACAUUUCAGGACAGCACAUAGAGAAAGGUGAGUAACAUGUUGCAAACCUAGAUGGAUUAACGUCCUUGAUUGUCAUUUUGCUACUUGGCUGCUGACAUUAGUGAGAGUACUAGUAGGCUAGUUGUUAUUGAUGAUUUUACUUAAGCUAAAAAAUAUAUAUAUGAAAUUGCAAAUCUGGUGAAAAGUAGCUGCUAUUCUCGAAGCGCUAGCUAGCUGUAACACCAGAACUGACUAGCUAGUUGCUAAAUAUCAAUGCAUGCACGCCGCUAAUGAGGUUAUACGGAAUCAAAACUUUUUUUGCGUUUGCAUCCCUGAGCUUGAACACUAAAACUGCAUGCCUAGAAUAUAAUAUAAUACGGAAUAAAAACUUCAUUUUCAAAUGUUAUGACUACUUUGUAGGCAGUGAUGGCAAGCUCCCACAUCAUCCUCUGGUUUGCUCUCUUGCUUCACUAGGCAUGCAUGCAUAGAUAGAUACUUAGCAGGCGGUGUUCAAGCUUAUGGAUGCAGACACGUGUAGAGAGAAAGGCAGAGGACGAGGGAGCACAUUUAAGGAGGCACUAAAUCAUGACUUCACAUAUCAGGGGUGCAAACCUGUCACCGUUUUUAAGCCAAAAUAGGUAAUUUGUGUGAUUCAUAUAGAUCUGUAAUAGAUCGGGGGGGGAGGCAUUUUCAAAAAACUUUAAGGUAAUGUGGAACGUUGGUACGCUGCAAGAACGUUUGGCUAUGUAACGUUGGCUAUCCUGCUAAUGUCAGACAGUUCUCUGACAGACGCCUCGCAAAUCAUAUUAACCAUUUUUGCUGGUUAGUGGUUACAAUAACGGUGUUAACGGACAGUGCAGUGUCUAUUUCUCGGUCACUCUGGAAAAAUCUUAGGCACAUUGGUCACCCAUUAUGUGUUUAUCACUUCACUGGAUUGGAAGUCCACUUUCCAGGCUCUCGCACGCCCCCUUCAGUGAGGCAGAGGUUACGUUUGCCUUCCCUAUGUGCUUUUUCACUGCGGUUUUAUGACAGAUCAGCAAGACUAAAUACCAUACAUGCAUUUGCAUACCUGAGCUUAAACACCAAAACUGACUAGUGUGCCUUCUAAAUAUCUAUGCAUGCAUGCAAUGAGGCUAUUGGGAAUUAAAACCUUACUUUCAGAUGUUAUGACUACUUUUUAGGCAGUAAUGGCAAGCUGUGGAGUGAAUACAUGAGUUUAAAAUGUUUAUUUUCUCCCCCCUCUGUCCCAAAUGUUUAGAUAUGAAGAAUACCUGCACUCUAAAGCAGCUCCAACACAAGACUCAAGCCAGCCGCAGAUAUCCCAGUUUGUCACAAGCAGCAAGCAACAGUAUACGUCAAGCCAUCCCCAGCAGAACGCCAUCACACGUUCAGUACUUUCAGACCUGGUAAUUGAUUGCAACUUGCCCUUGUCCAUCAUAGAGCACCCAAGUUUUCGGCGCUUCUUGUCUGUUGUUGACACAAGGUACAGCCCUGUAAGCCGAAGAACUCUUACAUCAAAAUUGGAUGGCGAAGUGCUGGAAAAGCAAACAAAAUUAAAGAAUAGUCUUGCAAAUGUUGAAGAUAUAUCAGUUACAGUUGACAUAUGGUCAGAUCGCAAGAUGCGGGGCUUCUUAGGAAUUACUGCUCACUGGUUGGAUGAUGGAGAAGGUGGAAUAGUCCUGAAAUCCGCUUUGCUGGCUUGUAAUAGGUUCAGCGGUUCCCAUACAGGGGAAAGAAUUUGUGAGGAAUUCAAGCAAAUAUGUGAGGAGUAUCAGAUCAAGAGAAAGCUAUUGCACAUUAUAUGUGAUAAUGCUGCAAAUAUGAGAAAAGCAUUCAGCACUUGUUUUCCACAACAUGGAGGCGAAGAGGAUGAAGAGGAGGAAGGAGUUGAGGGCGAUGACAUGUGGACAGACUUGCCAGUUGAAGACCAAGAGAGGGUGGAUCUUUUUCUCCAAACUAAAGCUCAGACAAGACAGCAGUGUUUUGCCCACACGCUGCAGUUAGUUGUGGGGGACGGCUUAAAAGACACCAAAAUAGCUAAUGCAGCUCUUGCGAAGGCCUGCAAAUUGAGCAGCUUACUCCACAGCAGUACUUCUUUCAAGGACAUUUUUGAGAGAGAGUUUGGGCAAUCUGGCAUUCCCUCUUCAGUUGUCACACGUUGGAACUCAACGCUUAGGCAAUUGAAAGCAGUACUGAAAUGUGACGCCAUGAAGCUCACAGCCAUUCUUCAAGAGUCUGGACACAAAGAGACAGCAUUCACAUCAAGAGAAUGGAGUCAAUUUCAAGAGUUGGUGCGUGUCCUUGAGCCUUUUGCCGAGGCCACCGACCUCACUCAAGGUGAAAAAAUGGUAACUAUAAGUGCAGUGGCCCCCUGUGUCCUCUCCCUCAACCACCACCUGGAAAACUUAAAAGGCACUUUGUGCUACUUGGGGGGCUUCAUCAAAACCUUACAGACAUCUCUUCAAAGGAGGUUCAAGGGGAUCUUCGUAAAUGUGAAGAUGGCAGAAAACUCAUCAUCUGAUAGCCAGCCAUUGCCCUUCUCUGACCCACUGUAUCUGAAGGCAGCCAUGCUGGAUCCUUCUUUUGGCAGCAUGUGGGUGACACAUGAUGUUUUGUUCGAUGACAACACUAAGGAGGAGGUGUCAAAGAUGAUAAAAGACUUCAUUCUGAAAGAUGCAGUGAAAGUCGGCCCAACAACCCCACGCGUAGAAGAGGAGGAAGAGGUCCAGGAGACAGAGCCUCAGUCAAGCCUCUUUGCGUCCUACCAUAGCAAGAGACAAAAGAAGGAUUCAGCUUCAACGCCUCAUAUGCAGCUCACACACUUCUUGGAGAUUUGUAGUGGACAGGACUGCUAAACACUAAACAAGCACACCCUUCCGUCUCUCUUCAUGGUUGUGGUAAGACUGUUGCAUGUUCCUGCAUCCAGUGCCCCGGUUGAACGUGUGUUUAGCCAUGGCGGGGUGAUCAUGAGACCCCAUCGGUCACAACUCAGUGCAAAAGU